AUGGCAGCCAAUGUGGAAGCAUAUGGCAUGGAAAAGCACGCAGCGCGUGCAUGGGCACUUCGAGAGGGUGUUCCAGCUGCAGACACCAUCUACCAAUGCGGUGAGCACUGGUGCCGCCUCACCCAGCACUGCCAGACCAUGAGCGAGCAGCCGGAGCACAGCAUCAGCGUGUACCAGAAGGUCACCCCCGAGCUCCCAGAGGCGCGGCCCAAGCUGCUGAACAAGCAGAUCCGCAACCAAACGGCCGGCGUGAACGGCACCAAGUGCAAGAGCUACCCGGCCUGCGAAGCGCUGAACGUGACCAAGGGCACUUGCUGCCCCAACAACAACGGCAUCUUCCUGAGUUGUUGCUCUGCCACCGUGGAGAAGGCCAAAGAGGCUUUGAAGGCGGCCUUGAACCACACAGCGGACCCCACACCGCAGCCGGGAAUGCUGAGAAUUCUGCCUCCCCCACCGCCGGCGGUACCCGUGGUGCCGCCGGUGUGA